UGCACACUCGGAGCUCCCGGGCGGUCCGUUGUCCACCCGGAGCGGCUUCUCCGUCACCCACCCUUCUCCCCCCUUUUGUCCUUCUUCCUCCCAUCCAGGCUGCUCCGAGAACCUCUUAGCCCCCGGAAUAGAGGGAGCCCACCCUAACCGCGUUCCUGCAGCACAACGAGAUACAGCUUCUUCCAAAUGGGGAGGAUCAGGGUAGGGGGUUGGGGAGAGGGUGCGCGGUUCCCUUCUCGCCACUUCCUUGUAUGGACAGUGGGGGACUCCAAAGCCAGGCUAGGGAGAGGCCUGAAGCCCGGUACCCGGACGUGCUGGGUGAAGCACAAAGGGGCCGACAAGAAGGGGGUGGGGAAGCCCGCCGGUGCAACGAGAUGGAGUGGGUUGGCGCCUCGGGAUAGCGAAUGGAGGGCAGCGGGUGCUACGAAUCAUACUUCGAGGGACGGUGGGUUCCAACUCCAAGCAAGGUUCCGACGACCCCACCAACCGACUGGCUGCAGUGGAAGAAGAACCCGGGUGUCCGUAGCUUUGAUGGAUGCUUGUUUGUCCCACUGAGACUAGAAAAUCUUCCUUCUCCGAGGCACAGAACCCCUAUCCUCUCCCCAACACUCCCUUGCUGCCCACUCCUUGACCAAGCUUCCCUCGACCACAAACUGAUGAAGUUGGAGACCGGACUGCGAGCGGAGGACUGCGAGACUGGACUAUUGCUUCUGGGACUGAAGGACAAUCCAGAAUUAAAGAUAAUCCAGGCUACUUUAUCUAGGCAGGGGGUGGAACACCAGUGUCUUCCAUCUGAAGAACUGAAGCUACGUUUCCCCAAUAUCCGGUUGGCCAGGGGAGAAGUGGGGCUCUUGGACAAGUCUGGAGGAGUUCUGUAUGCAGACAAGGCCCUCAGAGCCCUCCAGGAUGCAAUUCGACAGCUAGGAGGCCUAGUGCAUGAUGGAGAGAAGGUAAUGGAGAUAAAACCAGGGCUACCAGUCAUGGUGAAAAGUACCUCCAGGAGCUACCAAGCCAAGAGCUUGAUCAUCACAGCAGGUCCUUGGACCAACCGGCUCCUCCAUCCCCUGGGAAUUGAACUGCCUCUCCAGACCCUGCGGAUCAAUGUGUGUUACUGGCAAGAAAAGGUUCCCGGGAGCUACAGUGUGUCCCAGGCUUUUCCGUGCCUCCUGGGCCUGGGCCUCAGCCUGACUCCCUACCACAUCUACGGGCUGCCCUCUGGAGAGUACCCAGGGCUGAUGAAGGUCUGCUAUCACCACGGCAACAAUGCAGAUCCUGAAGAGCGGGACUGCCUGGCAGCAUUCUCAGACAUCCAAGACGUCCAAAUCCUGAGCCGCUUUGUCCAUGAUCACUUAACGGACCUAGAGCCUGAGCCUGCCAUUAUGGAGCACUGCAUGUACACGAACACCCCCGAUGAGCACUUCAUUCUUGAUCAACACCCGAAGUAUGACAACAUUGUCAUUGGUGCUGGAUUCUCUGGACAUGGAUUCAAGCUGGCCCCUGUUGUGGGGAAGAUCCUGUAUGAAUUAAGCAUGAAAUUAACACCAUCCUAUGACCUGACACAUUUUCGGAUCAGCCGCUUUCCUGGCCUGGGCAAAGCCCACCUUUGACCCCUGGCCAGCAGCCUCCCUUCUGUGCACAGGAGCUGGAAAUAAAGCCUUCUGUGUGGUAGGGAAAGACUUCUUAGCUGAAGGAAGUGGUUGUGAGAUGUAGUCCUUUUUUUCUGCCUCUUGUGAGUCUCUCAUCCACACCAGAUGAUUGAAGCUACCUUCUUUCCCUGGCCAGUUACCCAAUCCUACUACUUUUUUGCUUCCAAAAGGUCAAUCAGAUAUUCUGUAAUCACAGAGUAGCGAGGACCUUUGAGAUGGAUGUCUCAAUAAGGAGGGGACGUAAGGACUGGCUCAGGAGACCAAGGCAGUUGUUAAAAUUCUCUUCACUGUGACAUUUGAUGAACUUGGGUUGGAUUUGACAAAAUCUGCCCAGGGGAGGUAACCAAGAUGAUAGAUAGAACACUGCUGCCCUUGGACUUCCUUUUCCUAAAAGAGGAGCCACCCUCCAUUACAAAAGCCCCAUGAAAUCUGGAUCAUCUUGAGUGCACAACAAAUACUGGUUGAUAGAAAUGUGUUGACAAGCAAACAAAUAGCUGUAUUGCAUUAAAAUCUGCGGUGGGCUUUAUCUUCCAUGUAACCUAGUUUCUUGCAGACUCUAAUUGUCUUAAUCAGCACCACAGAAUCCAUCCCACAGAAUCCUUGGGGUCCUUACCCCCUCGAUGCACUACACCUUCUUUCCCUGGAUUUUUCUGUCUGGUUCUCAUCCUCUCUCUGCUUCUGUAAAGAUGCUCAGUUCCCCAGUCUCUCAUUAGGGUGUAUUGUCAGGUCCUUAUGAAGAUGGAGCUGUUAUACCAGAAAGAAAGAGACACACUCGCUUAGAAACCCUGUUCAAUGUUUGAAUGUUAAAUGUGCCAUUUUAUUAUCAUUAGGAUUGCUCCCACUUAAUGAAACGGCAUUAGCGCCAAGUCGGCUGGCCUCCUUGCACUAAUUGCUUUGGAAGGGAACAGGCUCAUAAGCACCCCAGGCUGGGUGGGAGGGUGAGGGGUGUAAAAAAGGCCUCAAGCAAGGCAGAAUGCACUCAGAUGAAAUCCAGGUAGGAGGCUCCAGAGCACACCAGUUUGACCUGAGAGAAUAGGAAUUACAGUGCUCUGGGGAGAGAAAAACGGGCUGAGUGGGGUGGAAAUGUUAGGAGUCACCUGGGGGAAAGAGUGGGAAAUGGGAAUAAGACUAAAAAUAUUCCCAAAGGAAGUACAACACAGAGGAAAUUACUCUUCAACUGCCUUAGAGGCCUAAGCACAUGGAACAGCACUGAUUUCUCCAGGGAAUCAUCAUAGCAGCCAGCCAGUCCCACCAACCCUGUCUACAUUUGCUUUUUCCGGGUUCUCAGGUGGUUCCCUGAACCUCAGCCUCUGCAGAGUGGGACUGAUCAUAUCUGUAAGUGGGGACAAUAUUACACCAUGGGUGAACCUUGAAGAUACGAUGCUCAGUGAAAUGAACCAGACUCAAAAGUACAAGUAUGGUAGGAUCCCACUUAUAUGAGGUCCUUAGAAUAGUCAAAUUCACAGAGACAGGAAGUAGCACAGCCGUUUCCAGGGGCUGACGUGAGGGGCGGGGGGAGACGAGGAGUUAGUGUUUCAUGGACACAGGGUUUCAGUCUGGGAAGAUGAAGCCGUCUGGAGACUGUGGUGGUGACAACGUCAUGGUGUAACACAGCACAAACACAAACAGGGUUAAGUGAAUGUAUUUUAUGCCACUGGACUGUACACUUAAAAAUAGCUAAAAUGGUAUAUUUUAUGUUAUGUACAUUUUACCCCAAUAAAAAAAAGCAUGACUAAUAAUACUGACUAACUCUACAGGAGUCUGUAAAGAUCAAAUAAGCUCACUUAUUCAUUCAAUACACAAAUAUUUCUUGAGCUUCUCCUGUGUGCCAGGCACCACGCUACGCAUUGUGGAUACAUCCAUGAACAGAACAGAUGAAAAUCUCUGCUCUUGUGGUGUUUACAUAGUCCAGUGAGGAGAAGACAUGUAAACAAUACACAACAGGAACAGCUCCUUGAAUAUUUCUAAUAUGCCGCAGGGUGAGAACCAGGCACUCAGCAGGACAGGCGCCACCAUGGCAACUCCAUGCUCACAACCAGCUUCAAGAACAGGGACUAAACCUCCUGUAGUCUGGUUGGAGAAGCACAAAUCCAUCAGCUAAGCACAAUGUCUGGACACUGAGCCAUCUCCACGCAUACAGAUCUUACAAGAAGAAAAAAGGUAUAUAACCAUGAUGCAAAUAUCCUGAAAGACCUUGACUCUUGGCUUCUCCUCAGCCCACUCCAUCACCAACAGGAGCUUCCUCAGCUAAACUCCUCACCUGCAUGGGCAGUCGCACUUAGGUGCUCUUCUUCGCCCCCUCUCCCACCGCACUUCUCCCCUAAAUAUUCGGUUCAAGUUCCACCCUCCCAUCUGUUCCUUUUUCAGCUUCAGUCUCAGCCAUGGCAAGAGGUGCCUGCUGCUUUAAAAACGGCUUUCCCUGAGCAAGAGUUCUAAGCAGUUUCCAAGCAGCUUUACCACAUGGUUUACUCCCCAUAGCUACUAUUUCUAUAUAUGAAAUGCCAGGAAAAAAAGCUACUCUUACAGUCACACUAAUAUGAAAACUUGGGGCCUUCUUUAGUGUUUGGCAGACUCACAUCUGUAGACUCUUUAGAAAACAUUAAAUGAAAACUUAUUAUAAGUACAGAUACUUCAUCUAUAACCCCACAUCCCCAAAUAAAACUACUGCUAAUUUUCAGAGAUCCCUUCUUAUAUUUAUCUACUUCUCUGUGUUUUUAUAUGUACUUUUGUUAGGUGUACAUGUUCCUUUAAAAGCCUAUUCACAGAGGUGUAAGAUGGAC